UAAACUGAGCAGAAGUUCAAGACUGCCGGUUCAGUCCCGGUCCAGAGGUGGAGCAAAGGCGACGUUGAAGACGCGGUCACUGGUAGAAGUUUAAAAAGAACGCCUCCAGACCGUCUCCAGCUCGGUCCGCCGCGGCCGCCACCAUGACCUCGUCCGGCGGCCACGCCCCUGUCGACCUCCUGGAGGAACUGCAGCUGAUCGCCGCCCAGAACCUGGAGAAGCUGGACAUCAACCAGUACUACGAGGUGGUCCGGGAGCUGGGCAGGGGAACCUACGGGAAGGUGGACCUGGUCAUCCACAAGACCAGAGGCACCAAGAUGGCUCUGAAGUUCCUGAAGAAGAAGACCACCAAGCUGAAGAGCUUCCUGCGGGAGUACAGCGUGUCGCUCUACCUGUCGCCCUGCCCCUUCAUCAUCAGCAUGUACGGCAUCGCCUUCGAGACCCACGACUACUACGUCUUCGCCCAGGAGUUUGCGCUGGCGGGAGACCUGUUCGACAUCAUCCCUCCUCAGGUGGGGCUCCCCGAGGCGCUGGCUAAGCGCUGCGUUCAGCAGGUGGCGACGGCGCUGGACUUCCUGCACGGCAAGCAGCUGGUCCACCGCGACAUCAAGCCCGAGAACGUCCUCCUCUUCGACCCCGAGUGCCGCCGGGUCAAGCUGUCGGACUUCGGCAUGACGCGGCGCGCCGGUGCGCCGUUGAAGUGCGUGAGCGGCACCAUCCCGUACACGGCGCCGGAGCUGUGCGGCGAGGCAGCGGCGCGGCGCCAGGGCCUCGGCGUGGCGCCCAGCACGGACGUGUGGGCGCUGGGCGUGCUGCUGUUCUGCAUGCUGACGGGAAACUUCCCCUGGGAGAAGGCGACGCCCGGCGACGCCUUCCACGCCGAGUUCGUGCGCUGGCAGCGCCGCCGGACGGGCGCCGCGCCGUCGCAGUGGCGCCGCUUCACCGACGACGCCCUGCGGAUGUUCCGACGGCUGCUGUCCGUGGAGCCGGAGCGGCGCUGCGCCGCCAAGGAGGUGUUCUGCUACUUCAGCCACCGCUGGAUGCUGGAUGCGGACGGCGGCGGCGGCGGAGGCGGGGUCCCGGGCGACGCGGCGCCCCUGGACAUCAGCUCAUCCUCGUCGGGGGAGGACGCGCUGGCGGACCGGCUGCAGCAGCAGAGCCUGUCGCCCGGCUGCACGGCGGCGAAGGCCGGGGUCGCCAUGGAAACCCGCUACUCCUCCGCUAGCAGCUCGCCGUCAUCCACCGGCAGCUACGAACGGGUCGGCAGGGACGGCGGCGCCAAGCGAACGCGGAUCCUGGUGGCCGCGCCCAUCGAGAUCUGCGUGUAGAGACGCCGCCGCCGAAGCCUUCAAGUGACCAGGACGUUUCCUCGGCGCCGACGCCGCGCUCGGCCUCCGGAGACGGCGGACGGUUGGUCAAAGCUCCGCCGCGGCGUUGCUAGCGGGGCGACGCCCCCGGGUCGGACCUCAGUCACCGAAACAGAGACGACGACGACAACGCUGAUGGACGAUAAAAGACACAAACAAUAUUUUACAAAGUCUCUGUUCCGUUAAAGUGUUUUUAUUUCCACGUAUUUAUUUGACAGAAUGAUGUUUUCAUGAUUCGUGUUUGAGGCGAGAGCUUUUUCUUCUGUCGCCGCCAUGUCGUUGUGAAUUCCAGGGCUGGCCCAAGCCUCCACGGUAGGGCUGGGCGAUAUGGACCAAAAGUCAUAUCUCGAUAUUUUCUAGCUGAAUGGCGAUACUCGAUAUAUAUCGAUAUUUUUUCUGUGACAUAAUUGGGGUUUCCCCCAAAGCAUUAUAGCAUA